UAUUCUGCAAAACAACACACACAUUUCAUCAAUAUUCUGGGUGCUCGCGACUCGGCCCAAACAUUCGUUUUAACACUGAACUCAUUGAAUAUAUAAAGGCGAUUGCAUUACACUCUUUCACUCGCGGUCAAACUGAACUUUUAAAAUUUAUCGUGCGAAUAAGUGAAAUGAUAGUUGAUACUAUCCCAUUAAAUAUUUAAUUGAAAAUUGAACGUAAGAAUUCUCUCCUAGAAAUAGAAAGACAACUAAACAGCUGACGAGGAAAGAAUAAUUAGGUCAACUGCAGGCUUCAUUAAUAGUUUCGUGUUUCUGCUGGUUUUAGUACACACAAAUACUGUGGGAUUUAUAAUUAUAACUUAUCUCAAGUUUGCUGUUGAAUACACUGAAAGAUAUAAUUUUACAAAACUCAUUGGACGAUUCAGACUAACCCCACCCACACACCUCUGAAAAAAGAAUUCGUUCCUACAGUCCAUUAACACCUAAGUGUCGUCUGCCAGUCACAUUUGAGUGCCACGUGAUGUCACUACGUUUGCUUCACCUUCAGAACGAGACUAACGCCUCGUGUCCAGAUCUGAAAGGACAGAACUACAGGGCCAGUUUUAAUACUCUUGCCGCCUCAAAGGGACAGAGGAAAAAAAUCUACCAUGGUCAUCUGGACGGCAAGGGUCCGAGGAAAGGCGAACACGCUGUCGUUAAAGUGUUCAGAGACGCUCCAGGAACAGAGGCCAUGUGUGACACUGAGAUAGAGAAACACAAACUGGCCAGGAGGCUGGCCCGGAAGUUUAACAAGCUGGUGCCAGAUGACCAUUACAAGAUAGAUUUCACGUUGCCACUGAAAUCGACAGUGGAGAGGCUUGGCGUGGGCUGUUACUUGAGCAGACACAAGUCUCGUCAGAUGGAUAAGAAAGAGUGGGUGCUCAUUGAAGAGAAUCUCUUGAAGAAAGGAGACUAUGUCAGUUUUAUACGUAAGACUGGAUUAAGGAAUCAAAAAGAUCCCACGACACUUGAUGCAUUUCUUCAUUUCACUUAUCAUGAAAGUGAUGGCAAAUACGUGUUCUGUGGUUUUCAGGGAGUUUUGACAGACGAAGGCUACCUGCUAACAACACCCUGUAUACACUCAACUGAUGUUAGUUUCGGGGUCAGUACUGACAAGGGACCUAAAUAUAUACGCAAAGUGUUCAAGCAACACAAGUGCAAUAAUCUGUGCUACAGCUUCAAACUGCCAGAACCAUGCAGCGAUGAGGAGGACAGCAGUGAUACUGGUGAGGAGUCUGAUAUAAAGAGUGUGGACAGCAGUUCCACAGACGGCAAGAAAUAUGAGCAGGACUUGGUUGGUAACAUGGAAAACAUGGUUUUGGAAAAUGGAGAUUUCCUGACUAAAGUUGGCAUUGAAAAGAUUGAGGAGACACCAGAGGAGUGGGAGAAAACACCAGUCAGGAGAGAGAGCGUGAAGAGAAAGGAAAGCAUCAAGCCGAGAGAUCAUCGAAGUAACGUCGUUGCAUUAGGAAGCUUAAAGAAGCAGCCCUCAUUUUGAUCAGAUUAUGAAUAAAUCAUUCUAUUUAUUCUAUCCCCAUCCCCUAAAAAAAUCAACAUAUUUAUUUAUUUGCAAAACUUGACAUUGUAAAUACAAAUAAUUCUUUGUUCCAGUUUGCACUUUUCCAUUGAAAGUUUUCUGUUUUUAACUUUGAGCUUUGUUCAUUUUACUUAGCAUCUUACUUUGUCUUAAUCUUACUUUGUCUUAAUCUUACUUUGUCUUAAUCUUACUUUGUCUUAAUCUUACUUUGACUUAAUCUUACUUUGACAUCAACAGUUAUUGUCUAGAAACAAAUGUGAUCUCAGGAUAAAAACGUGAUAAGGAUAAAAAAUUUUAUAUUUUUGUUACAUUUAAUAAGAACUUCUUGCUGUCAAAGUGACAUAAGUGUCAUGCACCUUAAAAAGAACAAGAUAAUAGGUAUCAGUAUUUUAAUGAUUGUGGAGCAAGAAUAAUACAGAUGAUCACAGAUUUUGUGCAAUAACUAUAUCAACUAGUUUGUGUAGUUUUAUAGUAAAAUAUGUAGGUCACUGCUGGGGCUGCGUAUCCACAAAAAAAUACUGCAUUCCUUAUUAAUCUUCGGAGUCAAAGUCAAGCCUUAUUAUUAUUAUUAUUAAUAUAGUAAAAUCACAAAAUGAUGAUUUACUAAAUUGUUUAAAACUAUUAAAUGUCUCUUAGAAUUAUCUUUUUAAUUUGACUAAUAAAAUAUUGAGACCCCAAUAGCAUUAUGUAGACUUUUUCAUAAGGCUUUCUAUUUAUUUAUAUUUCAUUCAAAUAUAUUUUGGCAAGUGUCAGUAACUCAAAUUGUUUGUUGUUUUUUUCUGCACAAAGAAAUGUGGGAUAUCUUUUAAUGUAAAGGCACAAAUAUUUAUUUGUAACAAAUUUGUUGGAAAAUGUGACCUGGUGAAAAGGAGACAAUUUAGUAGAGUAACUUAAAGUUUCAAUCAAGCAUUUAAACAAAUAGAUAUCAAGCUAAAGACUUGGUGCAUUAUUCAAAGAAUUGUAAUAAAGGAAUUGCAUUUCUAUUUUAAAAAAAUAACAAUAAAAUAAAGCAAAGAGAAAAAUUUGAAGAAUGUUUAACUUGGAGGUACAUUUAGUGAAAAUUUUAAAGAAAAUAAUGUUUCAUGAACAAUAGUGUGUACAACUGAAAACAUUUUGUCAAGAUGUUUUACAAAUAAAUAUGACAUAAGCUUGAGAAUAUAUUAUUAGAUGUUUUCUUAAUUUACUUUUAUUCCAAUAAAAAAAUAUGAUACUCUAUAAUUUUUCCAUUUAAUAUGAUCAGAUUGAUCAAUAUCAAAAGUGUGAUAAUUUCCUGUUGUAAUUUAAUGAUUCAUGGUAACAACAAAAUGUGUAACUUACAUUAUUUUAAAUUAUUAUCGCAUCUGUUCUAAUUACCAGACCAGAGUGCUGGGGUUUAAAUCCUCCUAUGGCAGGGUUGAAUUUUUCACUGAAUCUUUAAGUUCAGUGUCAAUAGAGGUGUAAAAAAAAUGUCAAAUUCACAUGACCCUGUUCAAUUUGUUUUGGGACAAACUUACUGAUUAACUCGACCAAACAAAUAAAAGGGUAAAAGUUUAAUUUAUAAACUAUUUGGUCACUACAGAAAUUGUUCUCACUUUGAUAUUGUCAGUAUCUUUGAUAUUUCAUGCUUACAUUCUUGCACAAUUAUUGUCAGUUAUUUCUUGUGAUAACCCAAGGCUGAACAAAACUGAUAUUGUCUUAGUGAAAUGUGAACUCUUCUGCAACAUUAGCAGCCAUCAAAUGUAAUUGUAUCUAUUUUUAAUUUCAUUUUAAUUUGUUAUAUCAAUCAAUUGUCUUGAAUUUUUUUUAGCACUAUGGUUUUUAAAAGAUUUAUUUUUACACAGUUCUACAAACAUUUUGUAAAUAGAAGAACUAUUUCAUUUUUUGUUUAUAUAUAGUUUUUUUUAUUAUGAAUAUAUUAAAAUACCUAAAGUUUGAGUUUACUAGACUUUUCAUAUUACAGAUUUCUAAACUUAGACCUUAAUUUAUUAAAUGAUAUUUCUUAUUUUUUAAACUUAAAUGAAAUGUUGUUUUGAAAAAUAAUAUUUAUAUUGAUAAAUUUGUUUUUUUUUUACUCUUUGACUAUGUAAUUAUUUUUUACAUUUGGACAGAAUUAAUAUUUGGCCCUUUCGGAGUGAAAAAAAUACUUUGAUUAAACUUUUAUAACUUUUUUAUUUGAUAUUAGAAAUUUGUAUUGCAUAACAAAAAUAAAUAAUUAUAAAAUAUUUUUUAAUGACAUUUACAACUGAAAACUGACUACUGAAAAGUCUCAAUGGUGUGGUUCUAGACAAGAUCUAGGAAAUAUUUUAUGAUCCAAAGUGAAAAAUAAUAAUUUUUUAAUCGUAUUUCUUUAUAUUGUCACAAAACUAUGUAUAAAUAAAACAUUUUAAACUCAUAAAAUGUAAAUCUGGAACAAAUUAUCCAUAUCACUAAUAAUAAAAAGAUGAAAAUGGUGCAACUUUGGACAAGUCAACAGCUCUAACUGUAGUAAAUAUAUUAUUCAAUUAGAUUAAUUAAUAAAAAUAUUUUUUUAAUGAUAUUUAUUCAUAUAUUUAAAAAAUUUAUAUAUGGCCUCCUUUAGUCAUGAAGCGACUCUGGAUAAUGGAAAUGAGAUGAAUGUCCAGUCAAUGCCGCCCACACAGCAGUUUCCCAUCUCCACACAGCUGAUGUGUGUAUAAGACAUUUAAAACAUAUACAAUGAUUGUUUUGAGCUCCACUUCUCUACAUUCGGGAACGUCAAUGUUUAGAAAAAAAAAAGCCUUUUUAAAAACCACUCUUUAAAAAAUAUCAUUCUCUGUAAAAACACUUAGAAAGAAGGAAAUUCCAGAUGUUUAGUAAAGGGAAACUAUUCAGGAUAAAGUUUUAAGCACUAAAAAACAUAUGCGAGAGCAAAAAAAUUAGAACAUUUUUUUUUUAAAGAACGAAUGAUGCCGCACAUUAUGGCCAGGUAAAAUUAACGCUGCAAUCAUAAUUACAGUGUCAAAGAGUUCAAUAAAUUGUUUUAUGUUUGGUUUUUGUAAUAUAUGAGACAAGCUAAAAUGUGAUUAUAUGACGGAAGGAAAUGUUUAUUGACUUUAUUUUUUUGGUAAAAUCUUGCACCCUUGAAAAUUUAACACUACUAGGUAAUUCAGUAGCCAAUUGUGAUUUUGAUUUUAGUUAGGAUUUAAUAUAUUACUAUUGGUUUGGCAUAGUUUAAUAUAAUUCAAUCGAAUAUUUUUAAAAAUCUCUUAUAAUAAUUUUCUAAAACACCAUUUAUAUUUUUUAAUGUUUAGAACUUUUGAUUCCUAUCUUUGUUUCACACAUGGUGCUUUUUUUUUUUUUUUUAAUUGCUACUCUUAAUGGUUUCUCUCUUAUAAAAUAUUUUCCAAGUAUCAACAAAAAUAUUGUAUUAAAAUAACAUAUCAGUUUUUGUUCAAUUUAUAAUUUUAACAAUGUAAAUACACAUGAUUUAUGAAAUAAUAUCCAAAGAAUAUUUGUAUUUAUGUUUGAGUAAACCCCUUGUCAUUACACAGUUUGCUUAAUUCUAAGCACCAUUUGAAAAGCCUGAACAUAUUUAUAACUGUGGCAGGCUUUUUGCUUAUGCUAUUUAGCACAUCGCAUAAUUAGAGAUUGAAUGGCAGGUGAGCUAUUAAGCUGGUUCUACUUUUUUUAAUGUUAUUUUUGAUUUAUGAUUAUAUGCUUAUUAUAGUUUUGGUGACAAAAUAUAUAUACCCCCCCCCCCCCCCCCAUUUUUUUUUAUUCUCCUUAAAAUGUGAAUUGACCUGGUUGUCUAUUCUUGAUGAUAAUUAUUCUCUAUAUCAUAGUAAUCAAUUUAUCAGAGACCUUGAUAAAAAGGUCCAUUAAAAAAUUGAAGAGCAUCCAAUUUGAUCUCAUUGACAGAUAAGGAUUUCUCUCAGCAGACUGAGAGCUCUUCUGUCUGAAGGUUCCACAAUGCAUUAGAGAAGAGAAAGUUGAAGAAUCCUUCAUUUGAGUUCACUAGUUACCUUAAGUUACUCUUUCAAACCAUCUGCUCCAUGGGGAAGAUGAUACAAACUCAACUGCUUCUAUGGUCUAGAGAUAAUGAGGGUGUCAUGUGGCCAACAUAAUGACCAACUGCUUUUUCUAUCCUCAACUGAUGUUAGAUACCCAUUAGAUUUGGGUGGACUUAAAUUCUGAACUUCAAGUUCCUAAUUUCACCAGGAUUUUAGACUUUUCAGUUGAAGAGCUCUAUCACUUUACCAGCUCAACCUUUAUUAUCAGAGCAAUAUUCCUUGUCAUUCAGCUUCACUUUAUGCUCAGACAUAAUUUUUUUUUGCUUUAGGGCAGUGCGAAAAAAAAAUUCUUUGUAGAUUUUUUUCCCCCAUGAUACUUAAUCCAGUUUAGUCUUCUGGGGUGAUAUCUCUUCAGUGAAUAUGAGGAGGAUUUUCUCUGUUGCUUUUAGCACUAAGUUAAAUUUCAAAUUCUAGUCUUUGUUAGCUUUGGAAUUAAAUCCCCUUGCAUUAAGCAGCUAAGGAUUUUAUGUUACUGAACUCACACUUCACACUUUCUGUUAAAAAAUUAGAAUGAUAUUCUCUGAGGUAUAACUAAUCUUUUCUGCUAAGUCUCAUCAGGAAAAUAAGUUCAAUUAUUUAUUUGUAUUUAUAUCUCUUGCUGGUUGAGGUUAGGUAAUCACAAGUUGGAACAUUAUUUUUGUUCAAAUCUAUUAUUUUAAGAAAAUUCAUGUAAAAAGAAAAAUCUUUUCAAUUAUAACUUUUUUUGAUCUACAAGAAAUAUUUUCACUAUGUUGUCUGUUUCCAUUCUUUUUUUUUUUUCAUCUUUGAAACAAAAACAACUUAGUUGUGUUAUAACUAGUAUUCACAUUUGUGUUGAUCUAUUUUGAUCCUAAGCCAAAGACAUGCAAAAUGUUUUCUUUUUAUGACCUAAGUUGUUCUCUGUAUGAUGUAAGUUCUUCUUUUCAUGACCUAAGUUGUUCUUUACAAGAGCUAAAUUGAUCUUUUCAUGAUCUAAGUUGUUCUUUCCAUGACCUAAGUUGUCUAUGGGGGUAUCCUUAGCAUACUAAUUUAAUGUCUUUUUUGGUACUAAUUUCCCUCUCUGUGUAUUUUAAGCAACCAGGUUUCAUGUGUUUUAGUAUAUGACUGUUUGACAUUUUUAAAAAAUUAAAAACUAAGCUUUGGUCAUAUAGUAACAGUAUAUAAUUAAUACCUCUAAGUUUCAACACUAUUCUUUGACUGCCCUCUAAACCAAACCCGCUUUGAUGUUAUUUUAUUAUUUAUUUAUUAUAUAUAUCUUGUUGACUUCAUUUAAUUAAAUCUCAUUGAUAUAUUUGUCUCUGCCUUUACUACACACUUCCAUGUUAUGGUCAGAUAUUCUGUAUCUUUUUUUUCCCGUCAUGUGAUGUUUUCGAAUGGUUAAAGACCUACCUAUGUUUCAUAAAGGAUUCAUCAUGUUACUGUGAAGUAUGGAAGCAGUAUUUGUGAACAAGCCAUGCAAUAGUAAGCUGAUACUCCAAUAUGCAUCUUAAUGCAUUCAAAAGUCUCUUUGUAAAACUUAUCUUCUUAUUGUUUAAGUUACAGCUCUCAUUGAAAUUUUAUUGUCAAAAUAUUUUCUUUUUUUAUGAAUGUUGAUAUUAUUAUUACUUAUGAUAUUUUUGGCAAUGGAUUAAUUAUUUUUUUCCUGGGCUGUACUUUGAGUAGUGACACAUUGUGUUACAUGUAAUAGUCAUCAAGGACUAUAGAAAGUAACACACAAUGUCCAGUGGCAUAGCUAGGGUGGGAGAAGGAGGGUCCAAAUUCAAACAUCCCCUCAGCCCCCCCCCCCUAAAUUUUGUUGACACAUUAUUAAUUAAAUAUUAUGCCAUUGCCUUGUAAUUUUACUCUUCAAAAAUACUUGACAACAUUGACCUACAUAAUGUUAUAGAUGAUCUUUGCCCUUUGCUGCACAUAAAGCAUGACAUGAGGCGAUAUGAAUUGAGAUGUGUGCAUUAUCUCGCCAAUAAACAACGGUAUUAUUCAUUAAAAGUCUUAAUGAUUAUUUUACUAAAAUAUAUUAUGCCAAUUUGAAUUAAAACAUAUUUAUUAAGUACAUUAUCUCAUGUCAUGAUGUUGAAUGUCAAAACGCAGGUUCCCCGAAAAAGGUCAAGCCCUUUGGGCCCACAAAUCUUUAGCUUUGCCACUGUCAAUGUCUGUCCUAUUUAAACAUUAGCCAUGAUUCCUUGUAAAACAUUUUGUUGUUUCAUUUCCAUUGGUUUAUAAUUUAGAACUGUCUUAAUUGCUUUGGAUUGAGUGGCCAGAUUUUGUAAAGAUUGAUAGGCAUAUUUUCCACCAAAGUUUUUGUAUAUUUUGUUUGUAAAUAUUUUGUGUUAAAACAAAUCAAAUAUCACAUAAUAUGUAGUUCACAUUCCAAGUCCAGGAAUAUCAAUCUCAUAACUGUAGUAAUAAGCUGCUAAUUAUCAUGUGUCUCAAUUGUUUUUGUUUUUUUUAUUCUAAAAUUGGAUGAUCAAUUUUUUUUAUUACAAUAAAUUUGAAUUGUCUUACA